GUUGGUUGUAUGCCAACUGUUUGGAAAUAUUUAUUUACUGAUCCAAAAUUAUUUAAAACAUUAUUAAUGGAACCAUCAGUUGCAUAUCAAUAUCGUUUAAUUGGACCAAAUAAAUGGAAAGGUGCAAGAGAUGCACAAAUUAAUGCUAUCGAUAGAAUACAAGCUGCAUUGGAAACAAAUAAAAUUUAUACGGAAAAAAAUCAAACCAAAUCACUUCGUUCAUCAUUAACAUCAACAAUAUUUAUGACAAUAAUCGUUGGUUUAUUAAUGUUUGUUAUGUUUAUUCGUCGUUCGUUAAAUGUUUGAUAAAUUUUUUUGUUAACCUGAAAAAUUAGCUCAAUUAACCCGUUUUUGUUUUUUUUUAAUUUUAAUUUUAAAAAUUUUUAAAUAAA